UCGUAUGUGUACUAUUAAUAAAGGAAAUUUAACACGUAUUUAAACUUUAAUUGACAUAUGUAACAAAUACAAAACAGCAAUUUAAAAUGCUUUUGGCUUAACAUCUUUGUUUUCUAUAUUUUCUACAGAUGAAGACGGGUUUCAAGGACUACAAAUAAGGUUACUCAAUAUACGAGGAGACGAUGGGCUUGUGAGUUAGUUAGCUACGUUACAAAUAUUAUAUGUAGCACUAUGCAAAUGAAGGGACAAGCUUAACCGGUAUGCUGUGUUGAAAUGAGACGUCCCUGUAGUUAAAACUGACACACAGCACUGAGCAGCAGCCUGUGUAGUUUCGAUUAAAAGCAGAGUCCUGGCUAUUUAAAGAAAUGUGGGUUUUCGGCUACGGAUCUCUUAUUUGGAAAGUCGAUUUCCCAUUCGAGGAAAAACGGGUUGGUUACAUUACCGGUUUCAGUCGGAGAUUUUGGCAAGGAAGUACAGACCACCGCGGUGUGCCAGAAAAGCCUGGCAGAGUGGUGACACUGGCUGAAGAUCCCAAGGGGUGUGUAUGGGGUGUUGCUUACAAACUGCCCGUCGGAAAGGAGAAAGAAGUCAAGGAGUAUCUGGAUUUCCGAGAGAAGGGAGGCUAUAGGACGGAGACUGUGAUGUUCUACCAAAAGGAUCCUUCAGAAAAACCUUUCGGCACUCUUCUGUAUAUUGGGACAUGUGAUAAUCCCAACUAUCUUGGCCCAGCCCCUUUAGAAGUGAUUGCUGAACAGAUCUGUUAUGCAGUCGGACCAAGUGGUAGAAACACAGAGUACCUGUUUGAACUGGCAAACUCCAUUCGGAGUCUGGUGCCAGAAGAUGUAGAUGAGCAUCUUUUUUCUUUGGAAAAAUUAGUCAGGGACAAAACAGGACUGUGAGUUGUCUAUGAGAAAAGUUGCUGCAGUCCCAUUCAUUUUAUACGUGUUCUGCAGAGUAUAGUACAAAUGAUUAGUAGAGUAUUCCUACAGAAUUCAGAAAUUCUGGACCAUUUAAUAAGUCUUGCUGGGGCUUAAUUGAGGAUUGCUAUAAAGUAAUGUACAGUUUGCUUUUAAUGACGUUAUAUCAAAAAAAGUAAUUGUAUUGUGAUAUUUAUUCAUAUGGAAUGGAUCAAAUACAUGUUCUGGGAUGAAUGCGAAUAGAGGGCUACAGGAGCUGCACUGUACAUUCAGAUUCAGGUGUCAUAUGAUAGGAUAUGACUAUUGGUAAUGUAGGUACCAAGUUCCAAUUUCAGGGAAUUCCUAAAACAUGUUACAGUACAGCACAAAAGCCUGUCCAUUCAGCUGGGUGAGAGCUGACCAUUGCUGUCCAGUUGUCUAUAGUGAAGUGCAGUGCUAUAAAAUAAGUGUUCAUAUUUCUGGUUUGUCUUUAGACAUUAACACCACUGCUGUACAAGAAACCCAAAUAAUUCAGUAAUGAAGUAUUGUUAGGUAGACUACUGUAAGUAUAACUAUACAUCCAUGUAACUCAAACUGUUACCUUAAACGUAUGUGCUCUGUUAAGAGUAGCAUUUAUUAAAAACAAAUACAUCUGUAUUAGUAAAAAUCAGUUUUAUUAACAUUAGAAAACCACAAUCUUCAUCUCAGGAAUCAUUUUUAAUUAUAUUUUUUCCAUUGGCCAUCUCAUUGUAUGUUUCAAUAGAAUUAAUUUGCUGCUUAAAACGUAAUUUGUUAGUAAAACCAUGCAUUUUCUAUAAUGAUUCCCAACCAAAGUAGAUGAUUUAAUGAGAUUCACUGUAUCAGAUGUGAUACAGAAAUGGGCAUUACAGGGCUACUGUUCUAGCUGAUUCCUCCUUUCUGCUUGCAUGUCUGGACUGCAAAUUAUUAACAUUUUCAAGAGCCGUACAGCUGCAGGCUAUGGUGAGUUAACCAAACUAGCUCCUAGCGGGACCUUUCCAACUAUGCUUGAAACUCAUAAUAGAUUAAUAGCAUUUUACUUAUAGCAUGCCAUGUUAACCCUAUAAAUGCAUAUUGCCCAGAAACAUUGAUAAUAUAACCAUGUGAAGAAACAAAAUAGUCUCAGAAAAAUAAAAGGGGUGCAUGCAGUAAUAAUGUUAAUUGAGCUAAUAAGUUAACAGAAUUGAUUUAGCGUUGGUUAGCAGACCUUUCACUUCAUUGCUUCCUAUAUUUCACACCCAGCUUUUCCAUAAAACUAGAAAAGUCUGCAGUGAUAUGUUUUACCAUAGGGGGUGGAAUUCGCCAUGACACUGCCAGCUAAUGGUACUCUGCAGCGAAUGGGUUACUUUAACAGCGGCUGGCAAUAGUGAUUGUGAAGCAUCCACGCUACCGUUUGACGGAACUUACCGGUUUGGACUGAAAGAUGUAUGUGGACCUUUUUAACUGUAGCCAUGUUUUAAAGCAACAUUUUUAGCAUGACAGAUCCUUAUCACCUCUGUCUAAUAAAACACUAUUCUGCAUUAUUCUACUUUAGCCCUAUACGUUAUACUGGGUGAUGAUAUCCUAAUGAAAUAUUAGCCUGCAUAUAUUACUGUAUCUUAAUCUAAAUAGACCUGAAAAUAUCAAAAUGUUAGAUCAUAAAUAAUGAAUCAAUCAUAAUUGAAGCGUUUGGCUGUAUUAACAAGCUACGUGACAUCUGUACAACAGUUCAAUAAAGAUACAUUCAUGAUGGCUUUU